AUGUUCGUGGAUUCGUCUCCAGAGAAUUGCAAGAAGUCCUUUGAGACCAGCCUGCGCCGGCUCGGAGUGGAGAGCAUCGACCUUUACUAUAUGCACCGCGCGAACCCCGGUGUUGCGAUCGAAAAGACGGUCCAGACCAUGAAGGAGCUUCACCAAGCAGGAACGAUCAAGUAUCUUGGCCUUUCGGAGGUCUCCUCUGAAACCCUUCGCAGAGCUCACGCUGUUCACCCGAUAGCAGCAGUGAAAAUUGAGUACAAUCCUUGGACGCUUGACAUUGAGGGUCCCUCAGGGACGAGCCUGCUCGAUACCUGUAAGGAACUCGGCGUGGCUGUUGUUGCUUACUCGCCGUGGGGACGAGGCAUCUUGACCGGAAAGUACCGAUCCAAAAACGACUUUGAGCCCGGCGAUGUUCGCCUCUACCUGGAGAGAUACCAAGAUGAGAACUUCCGGAAGAACCUGGUCCUCGUGGACAAAUUUGAAGAGGUUGCCAAACGCAAGGGUUGUACAUCAGGCCAGCUCGUCCUCGCAUGGCUCGUGACCUAA